AUUGCAAGCGUGGUCGCUGUGGGGUCGCUGUGACUGCGCGGUGCAACGACAAGCGAUUGAGCAGGCGUGUGGUAGCCACGAGGCAUUCGAGUCUGCAUAAGGCAAGUGAAGUCAUGUCGUUGGGUGGCUGCGACACCCUGCGACACCUCUUUCUGCCACCAACGCGUCUUCCACGCCGACCACCCAGUGUCCCCCAUGUCGUCUCGACGCGAUAACAGAGGGAGAGAGCGCAGCCCUAUACGGGACCGCGACCGAGAUCGAUACGAACGCCCCCGAGAUGUUAGGAGAAGCCGGAGCCCACCAAGAAGAGGCGGCGACCGAGACAGGCGAGACUACGAUCGUAGAGACCACGCCCGCGACAGAGAAGACGGCAGAAGAGACCGCGACAGACGAGAUGACCGGAGGAAGGACGACCGAGACCGGCGAGACCACGACCGCGAACGCGACGGCAGGCGUCCCCCUCCUCCCCCGCCACGAGAGCGGGACGGCUAUCGGGACGGCGAGCGUCCGCGAGAAAGGGAUGCCAAACCAGUGGAUCGUCCACACGAACGAGACAGCCGGCCAGACGACAGCCACGAUGCUGUAGACGCGGGCGCGAGCGGCUCGCAUCCCACUCCCAUUGCCCGCGGUACCCCAGAUACGCGCUCGCGGCAGACGUCGGAGAUGCCAACUGAAGAUGAAGAGGAAGGUGAGGCUAUGGAUGCUACGAAUGACGACGAUGCCGCUAUGAUGGGUUUGAUGGGUUUGGCGGGCUUCGGGACUACCAAGGGCAAGCACGUCGAUGGCAACCAAGAGGGAGCAGUCGAAGUCAAGAGGGUGCGCACAUGGCGUCAGUACAUGAACAGACGUGGGGGUUUCAACCGGCCUCUGGACAAGAUCAAGUAAUCUCCGUCUCGCGCUUCCAAACCCUAUGUUAUGCCAGCUAUUGUGGUCGAGUGCCGAUCAAACGUGCCGCAGUUGAGUCGCGCCUUGCCUUCUAAGCUGAGAAAAAUACUACAAAAUGUAUGCUCAAGCCCG